GUUUUGAGAGCGCAUUCACAGGUAUGGAAAUUCGUAAAUUUUAUUAGAAAUCGUGUUAAUUUACGGAUUAGGCUUUAGUUUUAAGCUGCUUGUAAAUAGAGGCUGUAAAUAUAGCUGAUAAAGAUGAGUUUGGGUGCUCGCGCCACCAAGGGUGGUGUGAAGAAAGACGGGAAGCAGGACAAAGGAAAGGUGGCCGAGAAACCUGCACCCAAGGAAAAGACUAAACCACAGGCAACCACAGAACAGCUAAGGAUGGCCAACAUGAUUGACUGCAAGAGUGAAGACGCCUCCGAUGUACGGAGAAUGGUGACAGAGUUGAUGGAAAUGACCUGUCGCACCGAGGAGGAGGUGUGCUCGGCCCUUCAUGACUCAGACAACGACCUGCAGGCUGCCUGCAACCUGCUGCUGGAGGAAAGCCAGCGGAUACAGGGCGAGUGGCAGACCAGCGAGAAGAAGAAGAAGAAACCUUCUCAGCCAGCCGGCAAUGGCGAUGCUGAACGGGAAAGAGAUGCUCGCAGCAGAUCGGGGCCUCGAUCACGCCGUGGCGAGGGCGAGUCCAACCAGCCCCCCGGCGGCGGUCGGGGGCGAGGUGCCGGGCGGGGGAGGGGUGGUUCCCGGGGGGGAAGGGGCGCCGGCCGGGGGGCGCGGCGGGGGGGUCCGCAGAGACCACACGGACAUCCGCGUGACGUGGACUGGACACACGCACCUGACACCGCAGGUGGUAACAUUGAUUCGUUCCCCACCACAGAGGAUUGGGACAAUGAGGAAUGGUCGGGCUCUCUAUCUGAUACUAAGGUGUUUACUCCCAGCUCCAACGCACUUCCGGCGGAAGCCGAGCCGCCGGCUGUCACGGAGGAUUGGGAGUCUGGAGAGGCGAACGGCCGCGAACACAUACCGACCUACACAUACCACAACACACACCAACACAUACCGCAACUGAGCAACACAAACGCCGUGUCGGCGGCUACUACGCCCGUGACGACCGCCGCCGCUAAGACGGACGAGGGAUACGGACAACAUCAGCCGAUGGGUAUGUCUGGUAGUCUCAGCGCGGCGCAGACACAGUACCUGUCUCAGUUCACCACGCAGGCCAGGCACGACUCGGGUGUGUACGGAGGUUACGGCGUGUACGCCAGUGAGGCGACCCGCAAGCAACGGGUUAGAGUGCCGCCGCCCUCAAAGAUACCAUCGUCGGCGGUGGAGAUGCCAGGUGGUACUGAGACAUCGAGCAAUAUGUUCAUCGACGUACAGUUUGGAGCCCUGGAACCCGACGCCCUACACGAGCCUCCGCCCCCCGUGCAGGGGGCGCCGCCUCCCACCACCACGCAAUCACCUACAACCAGCAUACAGACUAACAAACAGCAGGUAACGUCACAAGCUGACAGCCAGCCCGUACCAAGCCACGAGACGACGACGGAGGCGCCCAGCAAUAGUUAUCCUAAUGCCAAUAGUAUGUUAAGUGAGAGUAUAUCAGUAGUGGACCCUACACCCGCCAGCCAGCCGGUCACCUCGGACACAGCGGUCACUAACAGUAGCUCGUUGGAUAAGUUGUCGGCGUCAAUGAAGCAGCUAGGCGUGUCGGGGACGGCCAGCCCGGCCGCACAGGACUCGCACCGACAUCACUACACACACCACCGACCGAAGUCUGUAGGUCAACAACAGAACGUGUACGCGCCUCACCACGUGUCGCACCACCCGCCCGUGUACGGAGCUAAUGUGUACGCGCCGCAGGUGAACUCAACGAACGCGUCGCUAACCGGUGCUUCAAUGGCGAGCGGAUAUCCGUCCAGUGUUACUCUCACACAGUACCAACCGAUCAUCAACUCGUAUCAGCAGCAACAGACGCCAUCGUCGACGGUGUCAGCGGUGUCCGUGUCGGCGUACGGUGGUAGUGCGUUGUACACGGCCGCCCCUUACACCGCGCCGCCCGCGCACCACGCCUACCACCACGCGCCCAAACACCACAAGGACAGUACGCAGGCGCCGCAGUAUGACAGUUCAGUGGCGUCCAGCAACAGCUUAACGAGCACCUCCACGACACAAACGUCCACGGCGAAGGUUACCACAACCACAGUGAGCAACGCGGCGAGUACGGGUGCGUCGUCAGCCACAAGCGCAGCGGGCGGCGGAGCGGGAGCGGGCGCGGGCGCGGCGUACGCGGGCGGAGCGUUGUACGGCGGAGCGUACGCCUAUGACGAACAAAUCAUGCGAGGAACGCUACCGCACCAUAUGGGCGGAUACUACGAGGUCGGCUACGGAGCUCGCGAAGGCACGUUCGGUCUGGGAGCGGGAGAGAGAUUCGGCAGAACAGACGCCGCCUCACCACAACAGGUCCCGGCCGCCUUACCUCCCGGAUACGCGUACUUCUAUCAGCCACCGCCUACGUCCUAUCAGUACGGAGUUUAUCCACCUUACGGUGGUGGCUCAAGCGUGGGAGGCGUGGGAGGCGUAGGUGGCGUGGGCGGCGUAGGCGGAGUGGGCGGCGUGGGCGGUGUGGGCGUGUCAGGAGGUGGAAAAGUAUCCGCUUACUCACAACAACAACAACCGCCCUACGACGGCCAGGACACGUAUAAACCAGGCGGGCCUUACACGGGUAGUGCGAAUAAGACGGGCGGAGGCGCCAAUGAUCUCACCAACACAAUGUAUGCCAAGACUCAUGUAGCUCUCAACAAGGUCAAUAGUUACGAGAAGGCUGGUUUUCAUAGCGGCACCCCGCCACCGUUCGGCGCUGGGUCACACCUGUACAUACCGGCCCCUCCGCACCACCAUCCCCACCACCACGCUCCGCAACAACACCAGAUGGAUGGUCGGCUCAACAGUAGUCAUAAUAGGCGGGAGAGCGGAUCCGCGGGUCGUUCCUCGUCUAAACCACAAUCGAGCAAGCCGACGUAUUCCCAAUCAUACUGGACGCCGAACUAGGUAGUCCUCUAACGGACACGUGUAUACAGGCGGCCUCUCCGGGUCGCCUCAGCGUGUGCGCACACGAGCGUCUCAUCAACAUUCACGUGUCAAUUUAUACGGAAAAAAUAAAAUAAAAAAGAAACGAUAGUGUAUAGGUGUUGUAAAUGGUCUGAAGUAACGCGUUGAUUUAUUGUGUAAUUAACUUGUAAUAUAAACGUGUGCGCACCGACUUAUACAUACAUUUGUAAAAUAAAUGCCGUUUUAAUAUCCUUAAAAAUUGUUAGUAAACCGGCGUCGGGAUCGCAUUGUUUGAUCGGGUUUAGGGCGCGGACACACUGCGGUGAGUAGCGCGCUGUGUGUUCGAGCCCUAACGUCCCUACACGUCGAGAUAAUUAUAAAUUAACUGUAGUCCUACUCGUAUGUAUAUGUAUGUAAGCGCUUGGUGCGCUAUGCGCGCUGAAAGGUUUAUAUUUUAUUUUUUUUUUGUAUUUAGUUGUCAUACUUUUUGUAAUUACAUUAUAUUAUUAAAAGAAACAUGGCGUCGGCGGACGUCCGGUCUAACAACUCAAUUGUAUUAGACGAUGUCUUUUUUAUUGUGAACGAAUGUCGAGAAAUGUCUCGCGUUUGAAAGUAUGAGGGAAAUACACAUAUUGGAAACAUGACAAAA